CAAUGUAAUAUAUACACAAUGUGAAUUUUACACUAUGGUCAAACUACACUAAAUAUGUAAUGACAUGGAAAUUAUCCCUGCCGGGAUACUACGGUAUCCAUAAAGCUAUUUAUUCUUCAAAUAAAUUAUUAUAUACUGUUUUAAUUUUGUUUAGUUUGCAGAUUGAAAGUGAGAAAUCAUUGCAGUACAGAGAUGGAAAGCUUGCAGCGGUUAAGAGUUGUUGUGAACAAUCCAAAUAAAUCCUUUAUAAUAGGAGGCGCUAUGUUGCUCAUUCAAGGUGCAUUGAGCAUUGCAUUUAGCAGGUUGGAAACUUCUGGUGUUGACAUGAUAGAAUUAGUUAAUCAAGGAAAGCUGAUGUGUUGUCUAGCUGUAUUACAGCUGAUCAUAGGGAGUAUCUGCUUAUAUAUUACCAUUGACUUCCGAAGUUACAUACCCCAUUUAGCGUAUUGUCUUUGGAAUGCAUUUGUGAUAAAAGUUGUGCUGCAACAUUCAAAUGAGAUUUUUGAAUACGUGGAGGAAUGGAUGACGAAAACACUGUACGUUGCGCAGCUUCUGUUAAACAUCACUGGGGUGAUGGUAUUACAGUUGUAUCACCAGUAUGUCGCAUUUUACACAGGAUCCAGAUAAAAAAGAGGAAUGAAAGAAAACCUCAUCCAAUAUAAAAGACUAACUGUCUAAUACUAUUUUCUUAUUUUUGCUCUUGAAUUUGAAUUUUAUUGCUUUAUUUUGGAAAAAUUAACUUAUAGCUUUAUCACUAAAUUACUUACACCAGCUUAUUGUGUUGUGCAUAUUUCAUUAACAAGAUUGAAUACAUUUUCUAUUUCAUUGUAAACCUGAUCACUGACAAGUUUUGAAGAACGGUUAUAGGCUCUUUGAUUAAGCUUCAGAAAUGGGUACAUCUUUCAUCUUUAGAAAAGGCAAACUUUUAAUAUACAUUUUAUAAUAUUUGAAAAAAAGGAAAAAAGCAUAUCAACUAGGCGGGAAAAAGUAGUGCUGAUUGGGAAACAAGUGUCAAAUCAGUAAAAUGUAAACGAUGUUAUAAUUUGACUUCAUAUACUGUAUGUAUUGCAAAAAGCAAACGAAGCAAAAGAUUGUCAAUGAGCUAGAAUACAUGUACCCAAAAUAAAAUGUGUUUCACUACAUAAUA